AUGUAUACGACAAGAGAAAAAGAAAAAGCCAUUGAACAUGCUGAACAAAAGCGACGAAAACGACUAGAUAUGAAAAAUGAAAGAGCAAGAACCCAACGGCGAAUAAAUAAAUUCGAUUUGUUUCUACAGUCAACGAUACCAACAACAACUGAGCGCAAACAAGUUGUUUUUCAUCAAGAAAAAAACGCAAAUUCAGUAACACAUCAACAAGAUGAACCUGUGAUUUAUUAUGAUGUUCAUUCAGUAUUAGACAAUGACAGUAAUAUUGAAAAUCAACACACAAAUGAUUGUGUAACAGUGUCUAGAAUGGAAGAAGACGAUGAUCAUUCGAACAAUUAUGAUCUUAAUAUGGAAGUUGAUGAAGAAUGUAUGCAAUCAAAUAAUACUGAUGAUCAAAAUCAGAAACUAAUAACUUCAGAAAAAAACAUUGAUGAUUACAAAGAACAAAUUAAUUAUAAUGAUGACAAAGAGAAAGCUGGUGAUAUUCCAUUUCGGCGUUUAUAUCAACAAUUGUUAAAACAGAAUCAAAAAGAAAAUUUAAUCAGCUUAUUACUACAUCUUGAUGAGGUCGGAUUGACUAAAUCGACCAAGCUAAAGCUGUGGCUUUUUAGUGGAUCGAUUAUUGAAUUACCAUCAAAGCUUCGAUAUCGACGAUAUAAUAUGAUACCGAUGUCAAUAUGGGUCGGAUAUACUGAACCGCAACCAGAUAUUUGGCUUAAAUCAAUUGUGAAUGAAUUGAAGUAUUUGAAAUCUCAAGACAUAAUGGUGAAAGAUAAAAAGAAAAAUUAUAAUUUAAAAGCUUAUGGAAUUACUGGUGAUUGUCCCGCACUAAAGAAAAUUUUGAAUUUCAUCGGUCACGGCGGAUAUGAUUGCUGUUGGCUGUGUUAUAUAUACGGUCAACAUACAAAUGGAAAACUUCAAUAUUCUUAUCAACGACAAUUAAAAUUACGUGACACGUUAACAUAUUUACAUGAAUCAAUUGAAGCUGAUCAAACAAAAACAAGAGUGAACGGUCAUUUAGGUAAAAGUAUCCUUCAAGAUUUACUAGAUGUUAAGCUACCAGACUCGAUUGUCGUAGACUACAUGCACACCACGCUCCUGGGACACAACAAAGCAAUUUUUUCCGCCAUCUAUUAUAAAUUGACACCGUUACAACGAUUAGUAUGGAACUAUCAACUUAAAAGUCAACAAUUUCCUCACUUCUUUAACAGGAAGGUUAGACCUUUUACAGAGUUUGCUCAUGUAAAAGCGACCGAAUUAAGAAGUUUACUAUUUUAUUGUUUAUUACCAAAUUUACAAACAUUAUUGCCGCUCGAAAAAUUAGCGCAUUUAGCGCUCUAUGUUUGCUCAAUCCGAUUAUUACAUGGACAAGCUUUAUUUGGCGAUGAAACAGGUACAAUUGGUGAUGUACUUUUUUCUAGAUUUUACGAAGAUCACCCACAAUUUUAUGAUGCAUUGGAGAUUUAUGUGUUGCAUCUUCACGUUCACUAUUCGACGAUCUACAAAAACCAUGGUUCAUUGGCCAAUAUCGGUUGUUUCGGUCAAGAGGACUUGAUCGGAAAUAUCAGCAUCAAUCACCACGGAAGCCGUUACUACGGCGAGUUAAUUACACAUUACUUCAACAUCGAUUUUUCUAUUAAUAAUAAAAAGAAACCAGUAACAACAGUUGAUGGACCAAAAGAUAUAAUGGACCAAUACGCCGAUCAAUUUGAAGAAGCCGAUCAAUGUCAUUCACUUGUAUGUCAUCAAUGUGAUCAAUUGAAUUCAUGCAUUGCUAUUUAUCGUCGUUUUAUUAUUUGUCAACGUGUAUUUCAUUCUUUAAUUUAUCAGAAGCGCCAACAAUCAGUUAGUUACUUUGUUCAAUAUCUAUUUAACAAUGAUCUUAAGCAACGACGUUUUGGAAUGAUCAAAUUCUUCUUUAUUUAUCGAAGCCAAGGAUAUGCUGCUAUUGAACAUUAUCCGAUCAAAUUAUUGUACAGUGAGUUUUUUCGAAAAUCAAAAUAUUAUUGCUUAUUGAAAAAGCCAUUGAACAAUCUGUUUCUCAUAUUGGAAAAAAAUAGUCCACAAACAGAUAUUGUGCAUACCGAUUGGAUUUCAUCUACUUGUAUUGUAAUUGAAAUGAAAAAUUCUUUGUUUGUUACACCGGUUUCUUCUUACAUUGAACAUGACUAA